UGUGCUGGUGUUGCUGUGCUGUUGAGUUUGCUGGGUUGCAAAAUUGUCGCAAUUCGCAGAUUACAUUUAUCAAUUUCGUCAAUUUAAAAAGGUGUUUUUAAGCUAUUCUACAGAAAAAUAAGAAAAUUUCUUUCGAUUGAACGCUCGCGUAGUCAUCAGAAGCAAUGGUAGUGCGCGAAUAUAACGAGGAGCUGAAAUACAUCGAGCGUAUUUCGCCGAACAGCUUCCGCAUCAAGAAGGGCUUUCAGCCAAACAUGAACGUCGAGGGGAUCUUUUACGCCAACAGCCGGCUCGAGAAGCUGAUGUUCGAUGAGCUGCGGAACUCUUGCCGACCGGGAAUGACUGGUGGAUUUCUACCAGGCGUGAAGCAAAUUGCCAACGUUGCGGCUCUACCGGGAAUUGUCGGCAGAUCUGUUGGUCUUCCGGAUAUUCAUUCUGGCUAUGGGUUUGCAAUCGGAAAUAUGGCUGCUUUCGAUAUGGGUGAUCCAACUUCUAUUGUAUCGCCGGGUGGCGUAGGCUUCGAUAUCAAUUGUGGAGUUCGGCUGUUACGUACCAAUCUUUUUGAGCAGGACGUCAAACCUGUUAAGGAGCAACUUGCGCAGAGUUUGUUUGACCAUAUUCCAGUAGGAGUAGGAUCGAAGGGUAUAAUUCCAAUGAAUGCUCACGACUUGGAGGAAGCACUCGAAAUGGGAAUGGAUUGGUCCCUACGGGAGGGAUACGUUUGGGCUGAAGAUAAGGAACAUUGUGAAGAGUAUGGUCGUAUGCUGAAUGCUGAUCCCAAUAAAGUUAGUAUGCGUGCCAAAAAGCGAGGAUUACCUCAACUUGGAACAUUGGGGGCUGGUAAUCAUUACGCAGAGAUUCAGGUCGUGGAAGAAAUUUAUGAUCGAUAUGCAGCCAGCAAAAUGGGAAUUGAGGAGCUGGGUCAGGUUUGCGUUAUGAUUCACUCUGGAAGCCGAGGUUUUGGUCAUCAGGUGGCCACCGAUGCUCUUGUUGAAAUGGAGAAAGCUAUGAAGCGUGACAAAAUUGAAACCAACGAUCGGCAAUUGGCUUGUGCUAGGAUCAAUUCAACCGAAGGUCAAAAUUAUCUAAAAGCCAUGUCAGCCGCAGCUAACUUUGCAUGGGUCAAUCGGAGUUCUAUGACUUUCCUCACUCGACAAGCAUUUGCCAAACAAUUUAAUACCACUCCGGAUGAUUUAGAUAUGCACGUUAUUUAUGACGUAUCUCACAAUGUUGCUAAAAUGGAAGAGCAUCUGAUCGAUGGCCGUCCGAGGCAGCUCUUAGUUCAUCGUAAGGGAUCCACUCGGGCGUUUCCACCCCAUCAUCCGUUGAUCCCGGUCGAUUAUCAACUCACUGGGCAGCCGGUUCUUGUCGGUGGUUCGAUGGGAACCUGUAGCUUUGUAUUGACCGGAACAGAGAAAGGUAUGGCUGCUACUUUCGGGUCGACAUGUCACGGAGCUGGAAGAAGUUUAUCACGAGCAAAGUCUCGUCGUAAUCUAGAUUAUAAGGAUGUACUGAGAGAUUUGGAGGCAAAAGGCAUUUCAAUUCGUGUAGCAUCACCAAAGCUGGUGCAGGAAGAGGCACCCGAUUCGUAUAAGGACGUCAGGGACGUAGUGCAGACGUGUCACGAUGUUGGCAUCAGUGCGAAAUGUAUUAAACUAAGACCGAUUGCAGUCAUUAAAGGUUAGUCUGUAACUUCUGUGACUACGUUUGAGAAAGGUGAUUUUCAAUAAUAAAUUGAA